GGUUACAUCUCGGCGAUUCGACAGGUGUGCGAUCCACGACUCAACAUGGAUCUUCUACGACUGGCGCAGUUCUUUUGCACCUCGGGAGUGUAUGCAGUGUCUGAGUUCCGAUUCGCGGGCAGUCCUCAGGCGGUGGUACUGGCAGAAGCAGUGGCUGUCCAUCGGCGAUCAGCUCCGGGGAUUAGCCACAUGUCCACGGUCAUCGGUUUCAGCGGCGACAUCAUCACGGUCAAUGCGCUCCGGCAUACAGCCAUCCGGACGUCACUGAGGAAGUGGGCACAGCAACUGGCCAUGGAGUGGAACCACUCUCUUACGCGCCCCGGGGAGAAUCUUUUCCCCACAAACGGCGUCGAGCUCGGAGGGAUCCGAGCAUUUCAGCACGAACCAGCUUGGAGACUUUGGCACGAGCACUUCGUCGAGCUUUCGGUGUGCCUGGUCGAGGUACGAAUCACGUGGACAAGGGACGAAGACCAUCGCGAGUGGAGCGAGUACUUGGAGUGGCUGAUUAUCCAAGCCUGGAGAACGAACGUGGAGGAUGAUCUUCUCAGACUCCUGUUCAGAUCGGUGUGGCCAAGUCAUCGCCAACCUAUCGCCCUAGAGCUUACGGUCCCGCUCGCGCAGCUGGCUGACGAUCUCCCCUUGGAGAUCGUCUCGCAAAGCGACGAGAGCCCGGUCCCGCACGUUCUCACGCGGACCUUGACGCCAUAUCUUCAGUGGUCAGCAUGUCUGGAAGAGCCAGGAAACGACCACAAUCCACCAUCACAGCUGGAUUAUCUGAGCCCGCGAGAGAUCAUCGAUCCCGCCUACUUCCGAGAUCGAACGACCACCGAAGACGAGGCAAUAGCGGAGGAAGAGGAAGAAGAAGAGGAGCAGGACGACGAGGAAGAAACUCUCGAAGAGGGGAGUUACAGCGAACACAGCGAAGGGGAGCAAAGUGAGGAAGAGGAAGAAGAAGAACAAGACGACGAGGAGGAGGAGCUAGAGUUGGAGGAAUCGGAGUGGGAGAUCUCGGCGGAGGAAGGAGAGCAAGCGGGCGCACAGGCAGAAGACCCCGAGGCGGCACGCAAGAGAGAAGAGAUCGCGGCCGGAAAAUGACAGUUGGAGUUCACCGGCGGAGCCAAUCAGCAAAUCGCCGACGACCCGGCCCGAGAUCC